UCUGUGGCUUUAUGAGGAACAAGGUUUCAAAGCUCCAGUGGAUGUCGUGUAGCCAGAAGGUGCCACUGACCUUUUUUGCUGCGUGAUGGCUAUCUGAAAUCUUUCAAGCAAACAGCACUGAAUAUAUGAAGGAGAGCAGCAGAAGUCAACUGGGACAAUGGCAAAAUACCACUGGCAGAGUCAAAAUGUGAAGCAAAGCGGAGUAGACGACAUGGUCUUGUUGUCCAAGAUCACCGAAGAUGCCAUUGUGGAAAACCUUAAGAAAAGAUACAUGGAUGAUUACAUUUUUACUUACAUUGGCCCCGUGUUGAUAUCAGUAAAUCCAUUCAAACAGAUGCCAUAUUUCUCUGACAGAGAAAUUGAACUCUACCAAGGAGCAGCUCAGUAUGAGAAUCCACCGCACAUCUACGCCUUGACUGACAACAUGUACAGAAAUAUGAUGAUAGAAGGGGAAAAUCAAUGUGUUAUUAUCAGUGGUGAAAGCGGUGCUGGGAAAACUGUGGCAGCCAAGUACAUCAUGGGCUACAUAUCCAAAGUAUCAGGAGGUGGAGCAAAAGUUCAACAUGUAAAAGACAUUAUCCUGCAGUCCAAUCCUCUCCUAGAGGCCUUUGGCAAUGCCAAAACUGUCCGCAACAACAAUUCAAGCCGCUUUGGGAAAUACUUUGAGAUUCAAUUCAGCAGAGGAGGAGAGCCUGAUGGGGGCAAAAUCUCCAACUUCCUGCUGGAGAAGUCAAGGGUGGUGAGCCAGAAUGACAGUGAAAGAAACUUCCACAUUUACUAUCAGCUGAUAGAGGGCGCAAGCGCUGAGCAAAAGGAAGCCCUGGGUAUCAUGACCCCUGACUACUACUUCUACCUCAACCAGUCUGGAACCUACAAGGUGGAUGGAACCAAUGACAGCAAGGACUUCCAUGAGACAAUGGAAGCCAUGCAGGUGAUUGGAAUCCCAGGUGACGUCCGGACCCAGGUGCUGCAGAUUAUUGCAGGCAUCCUCCACCUAGGGAACAUCACUUUCGUAGAGGCAGGGAAUUACGGGCAGGUGGAGAGCAUGGACUUGCUCGCCUUCCCAGCCUACCUGCUUGCCAUCGACCCCAACCGUCUGCAAGAGAAGCUGACCAGCCGUAAAAUGGACUCAAAGUGGGGAGGGAAGUCGGAGUCCAUCGACGUGACCCUGAACAAGGAGCAGGCCAACUACACAAGAGAUGCCCUGGCCAAAGCCCUUUAUACGCGAGUCUUUGACUACCUAGUGGAGGCCAUCAAUAAAGCCAUCCAAAAACCACAUGAAGAAUUCAGCAUCGGAGUACUUGACAUUUAUGGAUUUGAGAUUUUUCAGAGAAAUGGAUUUGAACAAUUCUGCAUUAACUUUGUCAAUGAGAAACUGCAACAAAUCUUCAUUGAAUUGACCCUGAAGGCAGAGCAGGAGGAGUAUGUUCAGGAGGGCAUCAAAUGGACUGCCAUUCAGUACUUCAACAACAAGAUAGUGUGUGAUCUCAUUGAAAAUAAACUGAACCCACCCGGUGUGAUGAGCGUGCUGGAUGAUGUGUGCGCCACCAUGCAUGCCAAAGGCGAGGGCGCAGAUGGCACUCUGCUGCAAAAACUGCAGGCGGCCGUGGGAACACACGAGCAUUUCAACAGCUGGAACUCAGGCUUUGUUAUACAUCACUAUGCUGGAAAGGUGUCUUAUGAUAUCAACGGCUUCUGUGAGAGAAAUCGUGACGUGCUUUUCCCUGAUCUUAUCGAGCUCAUGCAAAGCAGCAGUCACGACUUCAUCCGCUUCUUGUUCCCUGAAAACAUCAACACAGACAAGAAAAGCAGGCCAACUACUGCAGGAUCAAAAAUCAAGAGACAAGCGAAUGACCUGGUGAACACGCUAAUGAAGUGCACUCCUCAUUACAUCCGCUGUAUAAAACCCAAUGAGACAAAAAGGCCCAAAGACUGGGAGGAGAGCAGGGUUAAGCAUCAGGUGGAAUACCUUGGACUGCGAGAAAACAUCCGUGUACGGAGGGCUGGCUUUGCUUACCGUAGAGUUUUCACAAAAUUCAUUCAAAGGUAUGCCAUCCUGACUGCCGAGACAUGGCCCCGCUGGAGGGGUCCUGAGCAGCAGGGGGUCCUUCACCUUCUCCGGUCUGUUAACAUGGAUAAUGACCAGUACCAGAUGGGCCGCACCAAGGUUUUUGUUAAAAACCCAGAAUCGUUGUUUCUUCUUGAGGAGAUGAGGGAGCGGAAAUUUGACACUUUUGCCAGGACUAUUCAGAAGGCCUAUAGAAGAUAUAUUGCCAGGAAGAAGUAUGAGCAGAUGAGAGAAGAAGCUUCAGAUAUCCUGUACAACUCAAAGGAGCGUCGGAAAAACAGUAUCAACCGAAACUUUGUGGGUGACUACCUUGGUCUGGAACAGAGGCCUGAACUAAGACAAUUCCUGGCCAAGAGGGAGCGGGUAGACUUUGCAGACUCGGUCAACAAGUUUGAUCGAAGAUUUAAGUCCAUCAAGAGAGACUUGAUCUUGACUCCGAAGGGAAUCUAUCUUAUUGGUCGAGAGCAGGUGAAGAAAGGUCCGGAGAAGGGGCAAAUAAAGGAGGUGCUGAAACGAAAACUGGAGUUUGGGAGCAUUAGUGGCAUCUCACUCAGUACGAAACAGGACGACUUCUUUAUUCUACAUGAAGCUCAGUACGACAGUCUUCUGGAGUCCAACUUUAAAACGGAAUUCCUCAGCUUGAUGUCCAAACGUUACGAGGAUGUGACCAGGAGAAAGCUUGCGAUAUCUUUUACUGACAGACUAGAGUUCAGAGUAAAGAAAGAGGGCUGGGGGGGUGGUGGCUCCAGGGUGGUGACCUUCCAGAAUGGAAUAGGGGACCAGGCCCAGCUCAAAACAUCGGGAAAGACACUCACCAUCACAAUAGGGAACGGCUUACCCAAGUCUUCCAAACCAACGAGGAAGGGUGCCCAACAGACACGUGGCGGAGGCCGAAAUCACACAGCCCGCAAAGCGCACCAGAAUGGAGCGACCCAGUUCUCCAGAAGAACCAAACAAACAGAUAUUAUGUAUUCCUCGCCACAAAAACACGGCAAGCCUCCUCAAACGGCCCUGCCCAAAUUGGAUUUUCAGAGAACCCCCAGGAUCCCAACUCACAACCACAGUAGCUCUGGGAACAUGGACUUCCUUAAUGUCCCUGAUGAGGGCAUGUCAGGGAAACAAAGAAAGCAGAGCGUCGGUCAGCGGCCUCCUCCUGCUCCCAAGCCCCAGCCUCACCCUCAGGGGCCCCGCUGUCGGGCUUUAUAUCAGUACGUUGGCCAGGACACCGAUGAGAUCAGCUUUGAGUUCAAUGAUGUCUUUGACCUUGUCAAAGAAGAUCCAUCGGGAUGGUGGACUGGCAGAAUUCGAGGAAGAGAAGGUCUCUUCCCUGGCAACUAUGUGGAAAAGAUUUGAACAGGACUUGUCAUUAAGUAAAUUGAACAUGGUUAGACAGUCAGAAGACAGAAGGGCUUGCCAUUAUCUGUGUUAAUACACGGACGCUAUGACCACACGUGUUAAGUUUCAUCAGUGUUGUUGUCCUGUUCAAAAUGACUAGCAACAAGAUCUUUCGCAACUGCACCCCCCCGACACCUCUCUUUCAGCUUUCUGUGGACUUAAGCUUCAGUUACAGACCAUCAAGUAAAAUGAGCCUAAUUGCUUGAUUGCAUUAUGGUGUCAACAGUGUUUACAUCUGUGUGUUGGAUUCCAUUGUUCACGUUUUCUUGAUGAAAAGUGCAGCCUUCAACAAUUUUGAAAGCCAUAAGCAGAGAGUUUCAAGUGUUUGACCUUUUUCUACAUGAAAGGAAUGAAAUGUGUCGUAUUUAUCACAAAAUACAGUGACUGAAUAAGUUAACAUGUUUUCGUAGUUGAUUUUGAUUAACCUGAAGUUUGUGUUUAUAUUUGUAAACUUGAAAUACAAAGUAAUAAUGCUGGUUGUUAGUCCUGGCUUUAUUGUUGCAGUCUUUUUAUGGCUAAAACCCUAGUAUAUUAUUUUUUCCCAUGCUCAUUUAGACCCUUAGGGUUUUCCCUGCUCUUCAAAAAGCACACCUCAGCAUCAUUCAGGUGAUCAAUGACUUGGCUGUUCUUGAUUUAUGAUUCAUUUCACUUGAUUAAAGGUUGUACUUAACUACUUUUCUAAAUUAAACUUUUGGAUUUGCCAAGUGAGAACCUAUA